AUGAUCAAGAGAGGCUACGCAUCACAGCCGCUCCAGGCCUUACUGGCAAAGACUUUAGGAGGUAAUGUACUUGCUCGGCAACUCGAUCAAACCUCAGUCAGCUCGCUCACCAAGAAUACUGCAACGCUUACGGACCUAUGGCUGAGAGACGCGAUAUAUCACAAAACACGAAACACAUCGACGAGUUUGUCGUCUGAAACGGAAUCUGGGAAGGAAAACCAUAGUGUUGUUCUUUCGUUGAAGGUGAUAAUAAGAACUCUUCAAAAACUUAGAUUCGUUGCUGAUGAUAAUUUAUAUUUUAUUCUACUGAAUAAGAUACAAUCAGUUCCCAUCAAGUGGGUAUCAAGAACUGGGACUUUCAUAACCGAUGACAAGCCUGUAGAAUUAUACCAUGAGCUGGGGCAUAUGUUGAAUUCCAAAGCUUCUAGGACCGAGGAUCGCGCGGAUCUACUUUGUCUGGCAAAAUUCACACUAGGUCUGCUCACUGAUUAUUCGAACGUUGUAAAGAAACGUCAGAAAAUUAUACCUAAUAUCGAGUUCAUGAAGACUUGCAUAGAUAUUAUCAUCAGAACAGGCUCUGUAACGUAUUUACAAGAAGCAUUGCAGGUCGUGGAUGAUGACGCACUAAUUCAUUACUCAAUGGUGUCAUUUUACCACAAAACUGGUGAAUCUUUGCAGCUUAGAGCGUAUCUUGAUGAGCAUGUGUUAAUCUCUAAGUGCAUUUAUCCAGAGCUUUUUUCUCCACUCUUGAUGCGGUGUAUUUUUGAUUUCAUCGCACUAGAUUUGGAAGAAGAGGCAUGCCGGAUUUUAAAGUUCUCACUGCAUAAUAAUAUGCGCAUAUCUUCCGGAGAUCUUAGCAGGUUGAAUUGCCUGUGCCAGAAAUCUGGUAUGAUGAAGCUCCGUUUACUACUAGCGCGGGACAAGAAAUACGGGGAUGCCGAUUAUAGGGUGUCAUGGAAAACAUUUCAAAAAGAACUUUGUUUCAGCGAUUACAUCAAGCUAUUCGAGGAAUCUAAUGUCAACUUUUUCGAUGAGCUGCAUGAUAUGGAUUUUUUGCAAAAUAAACUACCGACAGAACAUAUGAAUCUCGACGGCUGGCGAUCUUUCAUAGAAUUUACUAAGCCCACACCCCAAGCGCCCGAUUCGUUGCGGGCAUUUUACCUCAACAUGCUCUUAACACACAUAACCUCUUUUCGAUAUUUGGGAUUAGUCACGUUGUUGUGGAAAUAUUUGUUAGUGGACCUACAAAUGGUAAGCGACUUUUUGAAUACUCCUCGUCUUAAAGAAAAAAGUAAUAACGCUGGCUUCCAUAUCCUGUUCAAUUCAAUUGGAAAGUCAUCAGCUGCUAAGCUGACUGGUUAUGAACUAUUUGCAUUUCUCAAGAACGAUUACCCCGGUCUGCGCUCGAACGCUUACCCUUCAUUUGAUUUUACAGAAUCCGAUUAUUGUUCAUUGAUUAAGUCAACAUUUUGGGGGUCUGAUCAUCAUGCCGCUUAUUUUUACCUUUUCCAGUAUUUUGCAGAUAUGGGUCAUCAACUGAUAACGGUCGAUGAUACCAAUACUCCAGAAUGGAAACUUCCGCAAAAGUUGCAGUAUAUUGUCGAUAUUGAAAUGGCAGAGAAGUAUGGGGAUCAGGAAAUUAAGGGGUUAGUGGAAUUAAUCAGGCAAUGGUACCUUGAUAACUUCGACUCUCAUGAUCAAGCAACGAAAAUUCCAGAAGAUUUACUUCGAGAGUUGUUCGGCCCAUUGUAUGUUCACAACAUCAAUGUGGGAACGCUUGCGUCGCUUGAUCGUCAAUUUUCUUCCCCUUCCAAAGACUUCAGUCCUAAUGGUGAUUAUUUCUUGGUAGCAGAUACAGAAAAUUUAGAGCGUCUCAAGACAACUUUGGAGUCCAUCAAGAUACAAAUGCUAGAGUAA